GGCGGGGCCCAAUCAGGAGAGAGUUGUGUCUUUCACAGCCUUUUUUUUUGCCCAAUUCUAAGAUGGCGCUCGUGGCCACGCAGGGAAUACAGCGUGAAGCCUCAGUUUUGCCAUUACUCAAGAUGGCUGCCCCCAUCAAGAUGACCGGGGUGUGCCGGAGGGAAGGGGGCAACAGGGUGGUCUGACAUGGUCUAGCGUCGGACCAUGUGGAAGUUUCUAGGACUGGGGCGUUGGAUGAUGGGGGGUGGGGCCCGUGAGGGGUAGAGGGAGCAAUAGCGUCCUUUCCUAGGCUAACCUCUGCCCCUCUCCGUCCUCUGGACUAAAAUGGGGAAUACACUGGGCCUGGCACCGAUGGGGACUUUGCCCCGCCGGAGCCCCCGCCGAGAGGAACCCCUACCCAACCCUGGGAGCUUUGAUGAGCUGCAUCGGCUAUGCAAAGAUGUAUUCCCAGCACAGAUGGAGGGAGUGAAGCUCGUUGUCAACAAGGUUCUGAGCAGCCAUUUCCAGGUGGCUCACACAAUACACAUGAGUGCCCUGGGCUUGCCAGGCUAUCACCUCCAUGCGGCCUAUGCAGGAGACUGGCAGCUUAGCCCCACAGAGGUGUUCCCCACUGUCGUAGGGGAUAUGGACAGCAGUGGCAGCCUCAACGCCCAAGUCCUGCAUCUCUUGGCUGACCGACUCCGAGCUAAGGCUGUCUUCCAGACGCAGCAGGCCAAGUUCCUGACAUGGCAGUUUGACGGAGAGUAUCGAGGGGAUGACUACACAGCCACUCUGACCCUAGGAAAUCCUGACCUGAUUGGUGAAUCAGGUGAGCAACUGGUGAUCAUGGUCGCUCACUUCCUACAGAGCCUCACACAUCGGCUGGUGCUGGGUGGAGAGCUAGUGUAUCACCGGCGGCCAGGAGAAGAGGGGGCCAUCUUGACACUGGCUGGGAAAUACUCAGCUGUACAUUGGGUAGCUACAUUGAAUGUGGGAUCAGGAGGGGCCCAUGCGAGUUAUUACCACAGGGCAAAUGAACAGGUUCAAGUUGGAGUGGAGUUUGAGGCAAACACAAGGCUACAAGAUACAACCUUCUCCUUUGGUUACCACCUGACUCUGCCCCAGGCCAACAUGGUGUUUAGAGGCUUGGUGGAUAGUAACUGGUGUGUAGGUGCUGUGCUGGAGAAGAAGAUGCCCCCCCUGCCUGUCACCCUAGCCCUCGGAGCCUUCCUCAAUCACUGGCGCAAUAGAUUCCACUGUGGCUUCAGCAUCACUGUGGGCUGAGGUUGUCAUAGAACCUGUCCCCACAGCAGCUGGAACCUCUGAGUUAGGUGCCCUAGGGCCAGAGACUAGGCCCCUCUCCAGAGCCCACUUUGCUGGGUGACCUCUUAGUCUCAGGAGCAGAGUUGGGGACAAGACCAUACUCUACUCAGAACUGGAGCUGCCAUAGAGGCAGCUGAUGAGGCAGUGGUUUGAGGCUCCAACCUCUACUACAAGCCCCACUAUCAUUCUCCAUGCUCUUGUGGCUCAGAACUAAGGGGAGAGGAUGAAGGGGUAUGUCUGGCUGAAUUUCUCCCCUGCCCCACAUUUUUCUUCAUUCCUUCUGGUUAAUCCUGCAUGGGAUUAGCUUACUGCCCUGUUUCCCAUCCCAAAGCCUCCCAAGGCUGGGAAAGAGGGCUGAAGGGCCAAAUCUCUGGCCUCA